AAUCUUCUCCUUCCGUUUAUCUCCUACCUUCCCCGGUUCCCCCACCCACUCCCCGGCCCGCCUCCCCCCGAACCCUAGCCAUGGCCGCGGCCGCCCUCCUCCGCCGCCUACCGGCCGCGCGCUCCCCCGCGGCGGCCCUCAUGGGGGCGCGCCCGAUCUCCGACUCCACAACGCCGCUCACCAUCGAGACCUCCAUGCCCUUCACCUCCCACAUCGUCGACCCGCCGUCCCGCGACGUCACCACCACCCCCGCCGAGCUCGUCACUUUCUUCCGCGACAUGUCCCUGAUGCGCCGCAUGGAGAUCGCCGCCGACUCCCUCUACAAGGCCAAGCUCAUCCGCGGCUUCUGCCACCUCUACGACGGCCAGGAGGCCGUCACCGUCGGCAUGGAGGCCGCCAUCACCCGCAAGGACUCCAUCAUCACCGCCUACCGCGACCACUGCAUCUACAUGUCCCGCGGCGGGGACCUCGUCACCGCGUUCGCCGAGCUCAUGGGCCGCAAGAUCGGCUGCUCCCGCGGGAAGGGCGGAUCCAUGCAUUUUUACAAGAAGGACGCCAAUUUCUAUGGCGGGCAUGGCAUCGUCGGCGCUCAGGUUCCCCUCGGGUGCGGCCUUGCCUUCGCGCAGAAGUACAGGAAGGAGGACAGCGUCUCCUUCGCGCUCUACGGUGAUGGUGCCGCAAACCAGGGGCAGCUGUUUGAGGCGCUCAACAUUUCGGCCCUCUGGAAGCUGCCCGCCAUACUGGUCUGCGAGAACAACCAUUAUGGGAUGGGAACGGCUGAGUGGAGGGCGGCAAAGAGCCCCUCCUACUACAAACGUGGCGAUUAUGUGCCUGGACUGAAGGUCGAUGGAAUGGAUGUUCUUGCUGUUAAGCAGGCAUGCAAAUUUGCGAAAGAGCAUGCCAUUGCAAAUGGCCCAAUUGUUCUUGAAAUGGACACCUACAGGUACCAUGGCCACUCUAUGUCAGAUCCAGGAAGCACUUACCGCACCAGGGAUGAGAUCUCAGGUGUAAGACAGGAGCGUGAUCCAAUUGAAAGAGUUAGAAAGUUGAUAUUGGCUCAUGACCUUGCAACCCCUGCCGAGCUGAAGGACAUGGAGAAAGAAAUUAGGAAAGAAGUUGACACUGCCAUUGCUCAAGCCAAGGAAAGUCCUAUGCCUGAUGCUUCUGAGCUCUUUACGAAUGUCUAUGUUAAGGGCUUUGGCGUGGAGUCAUUUGGAGCGGACAGAAAGGAGUUGAGAGCUACACUUCCAUAGGCUGGCAACCUGAAGAUGAGCACUCUUGUAAUACGGAGAGGCAUUGACGAGAAAUAAGUAUUGCUGCACAAAACCCUUGGCAUUGCUGGCAGUUUUUGUUGCAAAACGGAUCUGUAUAGAGAAGCAAUAUCAGGAGGAUAUGCUCCUAAUUUGUUUUGCUUCUAUUUUUUCUUUCUUUCUGCAAUUCAGUUUAACUACUGCUGACUGGCUUCAUAUUGAAGCUAGUGUUUUGACCCACAUAAUCGCUUCUGUUCACAAAAUCAUCUGGAAGUCAAAAGUUUGCUUGUGUCGUA